AGAGGAAGUUUGUGCGGGCGCUAGGAGAGAAAAGUUUACACGGAGCUGCUGCGCUUGGAGCGAGAAUAAUAGCACAACAGCCAACGGGGACCGAGCGGACCCGAGUGUGAAGGACGCGCGUGGAUGCGUGUUGCCGCGUUGGAGAGGCGUGCAGUGGAUUUGUUUGCCCGUGUGAUCGUCUCUCCGCCGCUCCUCCUCGCCGUGAAAUGGGGAAGGAGCAGGAACUGCUGGAGGCGGCGCGCACCGGGAAUCUGGCCGCCGUUGAGAAGCUCCUGUCCGGUAAGAGACAAUCGGCGGGAUCGGGCGCUGCGGGUGGUGGCGGAUCGUCCGGGAAUGUCGGGAGCGGAGGGCACAGCUCUUCCCACGCACUCUCCAGUCUGCUCAGUAUCUGGAGGGGACCAAAUGUGAACUGUGUGGACAGCACUGGAUACACACCUUUACACCACGCUGCUUUAAAUGGACACAGUGCGGUGGUAGAGGUGUUGCUACGAAAUGAGGCUCUGACAAACAUUGCUGAUAACAAGGGCUGUUAUCCUCUUCACCUGGCGGCGUGGAAGGGUGACCAGCGCAUCGUCAAACUACUCAUCCAUCAGGGUCCAUCUCACCCCAAACUCAAUGAACAGAGUUCUCUAAACUACAAAGUGUUCAAACGCUGUGGCCCAUUUGACCCCUAUAUUAAUGCCAAGAAUAAUGACAACGAGACGCCGUUACACUGCGCGGCUCAGUACGGUCACUCUGAAGUGGUGCAGUUACUACUGGAGGAGUUGACCGAUCCCACCAUGCGCAACAACAAGUUUGAGACGCCGCUUGAUCUGGCCGCACUCUACGGCAGGCUGGAGGUGGUCAAACUUCUGCUGAGUGCUCACCCUAACCUGCUCAGCUCCAACACCAAGAAACACACUCCUCUCCACCUGGCCUCUCGAAACGGACACCUGCCCGUGGUGGAGGUGCUGUUGGCUGCCGGUGUGGAUAUCAACUACCAGACAGAAAAAGGCAGUGCCCUACAUGAAGCAGCUCUUUUUGGAAAGACAGAAGUGGUACAAAAACUACUCAAUGCAGGUAUUGAUGUGAAUAUCGUGGAUAGUAAGAAUCUAACAGCGCUGGACACUGUUAGAGAUAUGCCCUCUCAAAAGAGCCGACAGAUAGCCGCACUUGUACAAGCUCAUAUGAGUGGCUGUCAGUCAGACAUGAGCCUCCCACCUCCACCAGUGCCUCCACCUCAAGACAACCUGAGCCCCAAGAGAAAAGGAGAAAUUGAGCAGCAGGUGAGUGAGUUGAUUUCUGGUUUGUCUCCGGCCCCUGUGGAAGAGAGUCCGUAUGAAGCUCUGUUUGAAGCCUCAUCGUGUCACUCACUGGACAGUCUCGCUAGUGGAAAAUCAUCAGACAGAGACUCCGGACGACCGGACAGCGAAGCUGGGAAGAAAGAGCGGCAUCCUCCUCAGAGUCAGUCUGCUCAUGCGCAGGAAGAGGAGCUCAGCUCUGAGGUGGUUUACACCAACAACAGUGUGGAUGAACGUGUCGAGCCGCUGGUGGAGGAGGAUAACCCAUAUGAACUGUUACUCACCGCACAGACCAAGAUCCCCAACACCACACACAACAAAACAGAUGAGAAAGCUUCAGCCAAGUCUUCCAACAGUGUUCUACCUCAGCGGAAGACCACCGCACACAUUGACCUACGACCUCCAGUGUCCAACACAAACACACUGCAGCCACCUGCACCUACAUUUAGCAAAGGCCAGACAUCUGGAGAGAGCUCAUCGCACAGUCAAGAUAUAAGCGCCAACGUUCCUGAGCAGUUCACUGGUCUGCUUCACGGUUCGUCACCGGUGGUCGACUGUCGGGAAGAAUCUUUCAGGCUGCCGUCUUCUGAUGUGAAGUCCACUGAGGGUGCCAACACUUUGACAUCCGCAGGCUCCGCCCCCUCUUCCCAUCCCACCUCAUCAGCUACCAUGGAAGCCAUUCUUCAGCACAGCGACCCCAAUGCUAUCUACGCCACAGUUCACAAAGAGCCACGGGACUCUCCGAAACGUAACUCGCCGGCUCGCGAUUCAUCGUCGCCGAGGAGGAUGCCUCCGCCAGGUGAUCUCAAGCUAGCUCGUAGUCUUUCAAAAUCAGACUCGGACCUUCUGGUGUCCCCACCCGGUGAGGAAGAGACGGGGUUGGGUGGACGGAGUGAGUCUGUGUCCAACUGCAGCAUCGCCAAGAGGAGGUUGGAAAAAUCGCCUUCGUUCACGUCAGAAUGGGACGAGAAACAGAGGCAUUCUCUCUCUAUUCCAUGGAGACGCCGGCCUACAAAAAAAAUUGAGAAGAUCAUGACUUUAAUUGGAGCGGGCAUCGACUUCUCCAAAGACCAGGAGUGCCCUGCCUCAGGUGGUGCCGGGCGGCUUCUCGAACAGUCUGUUGGUGAUUGGUUGGAGCAUAUAUGCCUUCCGCAGUAUGAGAGUAAGCUGUUGCUCAACGGCUUUGAUGACCUGCGGUUCAUGGGAAAUGAUGUAAUGGAAGAGCAAGAUCUGAGAGAAAUAGGCAUCACAGAUCCAGGACAUCGUAGGAAGAUCCUGAACGCUGCUCGCUCUUUUCCAAAGGUGAAAGCAUUAGGCUGUGACGGCAGCACAUCUCUCGCUUCCUGGUUGGACGUUUUGGGUCUCCAGGAAUAUUUGCACAACUUCCUGUCCAGUGGCUAUCGCACAUUAGACUGUGUGAAGAAUCUUUGGGAGCUAGAGAUUGUUAAUGUGCUAAAGAUCACCUUGUUGGGCCACAGGAAAAGGAUCAUCGCAUCAUUAGCAGAAAGGCCCUAUGAGGAGCCUCCUGUCAAACCACCCCGCCUCUCGCAGAUCAAGUGUCAGGAUCUGAUAUCCCAGACAUCCUCUCCUCUCAGUCAUUCUGACUCAUACACACGCUCUAUGGACCCUCUGUUGGCUGUAGGAGAUUCUGGGAGGAGGAGAGGUCCUGACUCAGACUAUGAUGUGGCCAGCCGACAACGACCCAAUGACAGACCACAACCACAAGAGAGAUACAAGGAUUGUCAACGGGAACCUCGAUUGACCUUGCGACCCCCAAGUCUGGCAGCACCGUGCACCCCGGUCCAGAACUGGCACCACCAGCCAGAGAAGCUCAUCUUCGAAUCAUGCGGUUACGAGGCCAAUUAUCUCGGCUCAAUGCUGAUUAAGGAACUCAGAGGAACAGAGUCAACGCAGGACGCCUGUGCUAAAAUGAGGAGGUCGACCGAGCAGAUGAGGAAGAUCCCCACGAUUGUCCUCUCCAUCACAUACAAGGGUGUGAAAUUCAUUGACGCUGCCAAUAAGAACAUCAUUGCAGAACAUGAGAUCAGGAACAUCUCAUGUGCAGCUCAAGACCCAGAGGACCUCUGCACGUUUGCUUACAUCACUAAAGACCUUCAGAGCAGCCAUCAUUACUGCCAUGUCUUCAGCACCGUAGACGUGAAUCUGACCUAUGAGAUAAUUCUGACGCUCGGACAGGCGUUUGAAGUGGCCUAUCAGCUGGCACUGCAGGCCCAGAGGACCAGACAGCAGCAGAGUGUGGCGGGAGGGGUGGAAAUCAUCGAGACCAAGAGCAGCAGACCCGUCCCCAAACCACGAGGAAGUAUGCGCAAGUCAGGGGUAGAGGCAAUGGAUGUGGACGCACAUGGUCAGAGCAGUACUGAAUGGAUCCUGGACUCCAAAGAUCCAAAACGCACCGUUAGCACCAAGCUUCGACCACAGUGAGGUACUCCUCUUCACCUCCUUCAGUUUGAGCUAAAACUCCUGGACUAUACUAAACAUGUAGCAUGAGAUGAAAAGAAUUGACACCGCCAAGGACAUUGUGACAUUUAGCAUUUUUUGUUGUUGUUUUGUUACAGUCUGACCUCUUCUAAUUUUUCCCAUGGACAGUCAGGACUAAAUGGGAUUUCAUUAUUGUUUUUUAUUUAUUUUUUUACUAUGCACCUCUAAAAUAUGAUCUCACUGUAUUUUAUGUCCAGAUGAGAUGUUAGACAGCUGGUAGAUGCUACCUUAAGUACACUAGAAGAUAAUUGAGUUGGGGAUUGAAUCGCCUCACUAUAAAUUUAAAUUUGCUGCCAAAAUGUAUUUGCGUUUAGCACUGUGAUAUGACGUGUUAUCUUAAGUCUGAGUUAGCACACCAGGCUGGGACUAAAUGUCCGAACCAAAUCAGAAAGAUGUAUCUGAACAGGACACUUGCUCAAUAUGUGUUUGAUGUCAUGGCAUCAUAGUGAACAUAACAUUGAAUUAAUAUUUUAGGCGUUAUCAAGUAAUACUUGCAGAAUGAGCAUUAUAUAAUCAGUGACGUUGUGAACACCGUUUCGCACAAGAUUAUCACGGCACAUCUUCCAGAGAUGUGGCUUCGAAAUGCUGUUUUGUCUUUUAUUUUCCUAGAUUUGAAGAUGGAAAUGUGAUCAGAUUUACAAAUCUUAUCUCUUAUGCUGAUUGCCCAAUCAGAAUCAAGCAUUCCAGAUAGAGGUGUAUUAACAAUAAUAAUAGUCUAAUUAAAGUAUACCCUUUGGCAAUUUAAAAUCAUUAUAUGAUUCAAUGAGAAAAUGUGGUAUUACCAUAUCUAACAUUGAGAGUGCAGAAUCAAAGGUUUGAUAUGAAUAUGUGUAGUAACUUUCAUUGAGUAUACUAGCUUAGCAUGCUAAUCAGUUGGCAUUCUAACUAAAAGUGAACUGAAAACACAAAAGAAAGAAAAGUUUAACAGUUUAAUGCUUCUGUGAUAUCAGGUGAUAUUAAUAGUAGGUGUGCAUACCAAAAUAACACCAGAAACAUUAAUUUAAAAAAUUGGGUAAAAUCUGAUUUAAUAUUUUAUUUAAUGUAUGUAUUAUGAUGUUAAGACUACAUUCAUCAACUAGCAAAGUAGUAUUUGUAAUCAGGCACUAAAGAGAUGACCAGAAAUUUGUUCACCUAAUGGAAUAACUUCAGGCUCAAAAGGGGAUAAGUUUAGCAGGGGGAAAUGAUUUGGCACAACACUGUCUUUCCCUACUAUAUUAUCCAUUUUAAAUUAGCAUGUUUACAUACUCCCACGUUUUAUCUAUUUGUUUUAAUCCCUGUACUGUAUAUGUGUCUCUCCCUGUAGCUGACCAUUGUGUUGGAUGCCAAACAGAAAAAGUUUGGAUGGCAAGACAGCAUGGAUGAAAUAUCACCUUUUUAAUGUGUGUGUUCAUACAGAAAUAUGUAAGUGUCUGAAGACUACUCACACCUGCAGCAAACUCCUUCCAUUCAUCACCUGGUUUUGCCUUUAUACACACAAACAGACACUGGCCAAAGAGAGAGAAACUGUCCUGCCCACUACCCAACUCAUAAGCUAGUUAAACACAGUCCACUAGUUUAAACCUAUCCCUCCAAAAACAUAGCUUUUAUCAGAUUUUUAUCUUCAGAUCAGUUCAAAGACUUAUUUUACAAACACUGGAAAACACUCCACAGUCACUGUAUUUUCUCGCAAUAACAAGAGCCAGUGUUGACCUCAUCUUUCCUUUGAUAUCUUUUGAGCUUUUUAUUUUCAUUGUGAAACGAUGCAGUCUACACACUUGUUUUGUCUGUGAUGGGAGUUUAAACCAAUGGUCUUUCAUCUCACAAAGUGUAAAUGCGUUUAUUUUGUCUGGUAACUUAGAAAAAUAAUACCAGUUUAAGUUAGAAACACUGGUCACAGUUCAGCAAAACACUGAUGAGCGAGUACAGUAUUUUGUAUUCAAUUAAGAUUAAUCCAUCCAUAAGUAGAGAUGUUUAAUUCUGUCAGUAUUUCAAGUCAAGUGACCGACAGGUUUUGGUGAAAUGUUUAUGCUAAAUUAAUUGUAUGUAAGGGCAAGACAAUUCAACCUUAUGAAUUAUGAUUUUGAUUUUAAGGAAAGGUAGAUUACAAAUGUCACAGAAACCAUCUGAAUUCCAAAUUAAUGGGACAUACUAUGUGAUGUAACUUCUUAUGGCACACUACAACAAUAAUUUGCGUUAUGAUGCAUGAGAAUGGUACAGUCCAGAUCCUGGUACUUUUAUUGACACGUAAACGUAUACUGUGAUUUCUAAUACAAAAUUAUAGAUGAGUUAAUGUGACCUUACAAACAACAGUGAGUUGUUUUAUGUGUAGAAGUUCUUAAUCAAACUGUUUGUUUUUCUUUUAUUGAUUAAGAUGCAGAAAGCAGGGUUUGCUAAAAAAAAUAAAAAUAAAUAAAACUAGAAAAGUUCAAAUGUCAAAUUUGUAUAUUCUGACUAGGGGUUGCAUAGACUAGUCAGACACUGUCAGACUGAAGUUGACUAGUCGCUUUCCACCUGAUUUACAAAAUGCAUCUGUAGGAAAUACAACAGGUGGCAGAUUUCCAAGUGUAGGAUGGCAAGGAAAGACUCAUUCAAAUUAAUGAGGGAAGCUCUACCUGAUUUGUUAGGGUUGGCUUUAGGUGUUGGGUUAUAGUUUCUCUGACCAAUCAGGUAGCGCUUUCCUGAAAAUUUUACUGAAUCGUCCAAUCAAUUAUCGCUUUAUUCAUGAAUAUAAGUGACUCUUUUCCUGCCAUUCUACAUUUUGAAACUUGUGAGUGGGUCUGGAGGCUGAUGGCUCUGCACUGAAAUAGCGAAGUGGCCUAAAUGUACUUUGAUAAAGAUUACAUGCUAAAGUAACCUCCAAUAUAUUCAAAGCGGACUUCAAAUAUAGCAGAAAAACUAGUGCCAUGCGUUAUCAUUUAAAAAGGCACCUACUAGCGCUGAUUAGUGAUUUUCAACAUGGUCCGCACAACUUUGUGUAUUUAAAAAUCUACCUUGGUUGCUGUUCGGCAACAAUUAGAAAAGCGUUUCAAGUUGGAGUUCGAUGACAUGAUAGAAUGCGUCCCCAUCCUGCACGCUAGAUCCUGUGUCCGCCCUAAUCAUCUGUACAAGCGGCUGCAAGAGGAGGGGGAACCCCCUGCAGCUACAGGUAGUCUAGGCUGCACAAAAAUAUGUUCAGACACACUUAAGUUAACUUUUAGCUACGUCACAGCUCAAUGUAUUACUACAUAUUGUUGCACAUUUUUAAUAAAAAGGUACUUAUGAGGAGAUAAUAUAAUGGUUGAAGUUUAUUCCAUCCGAUGUGUUCACUUACAAAACAACACUUAGACCGUCGCUUAUAAUUUUCCCCUCAGGUGUGAAACUACAUAUGUACAAACAAAACUUAUAGGACCCCAGGCACACUCUAGCUGGCUAUCUAAUGCCUGAUGACAUGUAGCUACUUUGCAGUUUAACAUAUAACUAGCUAAAACCCAUCCCUUACAAAAAAAUCUAAACUAGCUGCAAAUUUGCUGCUCAUUUUCACAGGCAAAUGAGCUUUCGAUUCGCUGCAAAUGUUUGCCAGAAGUUUGCAGCUCCUUGCCGGUAGUGGUGAACCUCCGCAAACAUUUGGCAACAAUGGACAAUUUGCAGCAAAUUUGCCGCAAAGCUCAUUUGCAUGUGAUAAUGAUCAGUGGCAAAUUUGCCAUGAACUCUCGAUUUUCAUAAGGGAUUACAUUGUAACGAACGUAGAUCUUUCUGUUGUAUACUUCAAUAUUCAAUGGGUAGGGGAGUGGAAUUUCUGGCUUCACAACUAUUUGAAUUCGACUCAACUAGUGGGCUUGGCUAGUCGACUAUUAAAAAUCAGUAGUCGUGCAACCCCUAGUUCUGAUAUGAACAAACUUAUGCUAUGUGUGUAGAUAAUUAAUACGUACAUGUGACAUGUAGAGGGGUAAUAUUCCUGUAAGCAUUCAGCUCUAGUUUACAAGAUUUUUAAGUCUGGUACUUUUAUUUUGAAUUUCCAUUUAAUUUUGAACCCGGUACAUUUAAAAUUAUUACAGUGCUAAAUACAAGCAGAUGCUAAUGCUAGCACCUGUAACAGCAGCAGUGUUUGCACAACUAAUCAAAGUAGGGAAUACAAUGGUGACAUUUCUGAUUAUAUUCAUGGCUAAAUGAUUAAAAUAUAAACAAUAUUGGAUUGUAAAAUAAUCUUGGGUGGUCUGUCUUUUGAUACUUGAAUGAUUCUGCUUUUAUAGAUAUCGCUAUAUAUAUGUAUAUGUAUGUACUGUAUGUAUUUUUCUUUUUUUUUUUCUUUACUUUUUGGUCAUGUAUUUGUCAUAUCUAGAGAGGAGUCUUUUUAAGGCUCAACAUAUCAUAAUGUUUGCAACUGAGCAUGAAACUGACAAUGGUAUCUCUGAGAGACAUUGCCACUGAAUCCAAGAGAACAAUUGUAAAUAAUCUUGGGCUUCCAGUCUUUUUUAUGAUUAUUAUUUUUCAUAAUUGUACAUCUAAUAAAUGAAGAGAUGUUA